AUGAUCUUAGAAAAACUAAAACAGAACUCACGAAUAAAUUAUUUAUGUAAUGUUUGGAAUGUAUAUAGUAAAAGAAAAUCUAUAAAAUAUGGGUUACCCUUUAUCGUUUUCAUGAUAGGUGGUUCUUUCGGUUUAAGGGAAUGGACACAAAUAAGGUACCAAUUUUCUGCAGUCAAAGGUGUUUCCAAAGAGGAGGCUGAAAAGAUGGGGCUUCAUAGAGAGAAAGAAGUCACUUUAGAAUCCGCUUAUGAGGAGAUAAAGAAUUUAGACAUUGAUAAUUGGGAAAACAAACGAGGGCCACGUCCUUGGGAAAAUAAUAUAGAACAAAAUAAACAGAAGUAA